AUGUACUCUUUGUACAGGUCCUUCAACUGGGUGACGGGCUUCAAGCCGGUGAACACGCCGGUCAAGGCCGUCGAGUGGAGGCUCAUUGUGCUGGAGAGUUUCGCGGGGGUGCCAGGCUUCAUGGCGGCGAUGUUCCGCCAUUUCCGCUCCCUGCGCACCCUGAAGCGCGACCACGGCUGGAUUCACACGUUGCUGGAGGAGGCCGAGAACGAGCGGAUGCACCUGCUGGUGUGCAUGAAAAUGUUCAAGGCGGGUCUCGUGACGCGGCUGCUCGUGAUGAGCGCUCAGGUUUUCAUGACACCUUUCUUGGCGGCUGUCUACAUUGUGCAUCCCCGCACUGUUCACCGCUUCGUUGGCUACCUCGAGGAGACGGCGUGCCUGACCUACGCCAACAUUAUCGACCAGGUGCAGACUCCAGGGACGCCCCUGCACGAGGCCUGGUCAGGCUUGCCCGCGCCGGCCUUGGCGAGGGCUUACUGGAAGCUGCCAGAGGAGGCCAUGUGGGUCGACGCCCUGAAGUGCAUGUUCGCGGAUGAGACCAACCACCGAGACGUGAACCACACCUUUGCGACCAUGGCCUCGGACGACCCGAACCCCUUCGUGACCAAGCACCAGGGCGACGCCGCCCACGCCUGGCGUCUGGAGGCGGAAGGGGGCACGACGGACAUCGGCUGCCACAAGACCCUGGGCAAGAAGACGCAGUAG